CAUAAACGUGGAUGAAACCCUUGGAUCCAAGAAAGUAAUGCCAAUGGAGAUCGCAACUCCGAGUUAGUUUCUUGUUGAUUAAAAUGGAUUUCGUCGAAUUGGAAGCAAUCGAAGGCUUGCGUUGGUCAUGGAAUUCAUGGCCAGUAUCAAAAACCGAAUCAAACAACCUGGUAAUCCCUUUAUCGAUAAUGCAAACUCCAUUGAUGAAAUUCAACGAGCUCCCACUCUUAUCGUAUGACCCAUUGAUCUGUUCCCGUUGUGGGUCAGUCUUAAACCCGUACGCCCGUGUUGAUUACCCUUCUCGAAUCUGGGUCUGCCCGUUUUGCUAUCAGAAAAAUUCGUUUCCCAGAUCGUAUGCUGAAAUCGGCGAAAACAAUAUCCCCGCUGAGCUUUUCCCAACUUACAGUACUGUUGAAUACCAAUUGGGUCAUCAGGGUUUGAUGACUCCGACCCGGAUGAAUUCUAAUCCGGUUCAUAAUUGGGGAACCAGUAACGGUUUGGGAUUGACCAAGUCCAAUUCUUGUUCGUCUUCUUCAUCUUCACUAUCGAGUUUGGAUCAGCGAGCACUAGGAGGGCGGAGUUUGGGGAUUGGUGCUGUGUUUGUGUUUGUGGUGGAUGCUUCUUCGAGCGAAGAUGAACUUCAAGCACUUAAGAAUGAAUUGUUGCUGAUUGUUGCACAGUUGCCGGAAAAUGCAAUGGUGGGGUUGAUCGUUUUUGAUUCCAUGGUGAGGGUGUAUGAUCUUGGGUUUACAGAGUGUUUGCGGGUAGUUGUCUUCCAUGGAGAACGCAAGCUUUCUACUACCCAGAUCAUCGAUCUUCUGGGGAUCCAUCCAUCUGCAAGGCAACAUCUCGGAAAACCGCAGGGGGUGCAAAAACAUGGCUUUGUUCUACCGGUUUCUGAAUGUGAGUUCAAUAUUACCACCACCAUCGAAGAAAUACACCAGUCAUCACCGCUCACACCAGGCCAUCGGUCUCCACGUUGUACUGGUGCUGCAAUACUAGUUGCCGUAGCCCUUCUAGAAGGAUGCUCGGCCACCAUUGGGUCCCACAUAAUGGUAUUCACAUCUGGGCCGGCAACUAUGGGACCGGGGAUGGUCGUGAGCCAAUAUCUAACUCAAUCGAUUAGAACUCAUCGAGACAUAAACACUGGUCAUGCUUCUUUUUACUGGAAGUCUUGUGCGUUCUACAAACAAAUAUCGGAGAAAUUAACAGAUUUAUCGAUGGUGCUCGAUCUGUUUGCAUGUUCUCUGGAUCAAGUUGGAGCAACGGAGAUGCGGGCAGCAGUUGAAAAAUCGGGUGGGUUCAUGAUGUUGGCGGAAUCGUUUGAAUCGGAUCAAUUUAGAAAAUGUUUGCGUUACAUUUUCAGUCGAGACGAAGAAGGGUUCUUGAAUAUGUGUUUUGAUGCAACUAUCGAGAUAAUUACCACGAAAGACGUGAAAAUAUGUGGCGCUAUCGGUCCGUGUGUUUCACUCCGGAAAAAGAACGGUUUGGUGAGCGAUAAGGAGAUUGGUGAAGGUGGAACGAACAUUUGGAAGCUUGGAACAGUGACUGAUAAAACGUGCAUCACAUUCUUUUUUCAAGUGAGUGACGAGCAGAAAGCGCAGCCGGGGACUGCAUUCUUUAUACAGUUCAUAACGAAAUACCGACAUGGAAACAUGGGAAUUCGCAAACGAGUAACAUCUGCCGCAAGACGGUGGGUCGGUUGCGGUGCACCAGAAAUUGCUGCAGGGUUUGAUCAAGAAACCGCGGCCAUAGUCAUGGCUAGACUUGCAGUUCACGAAACUGAAAAGAAUUUCCCCCGAGAGGUGGUGAGAUGGCUUGAUAAGGAGCUAAUUAGCUUCGCUUCAAAGUUCGGAGACUACAUCUGCGAAGAUCCGUCAUCGUUUCGUCUUUCUUCGAAUUUCUCGCUCUAUCCGCAGUUCAUGUAUCACUUACGAAGAUCUCAGUUCAUUGACGUGUUCAACAGCAGCCCGGAUGAAACCACAUUUUUCCAGCUGAUGUUAACCCGUGAAGGGGUUGUGGGGUCGUUAAUAAUGAUCCAACCAACGCUUUCCCAAUACUCGUUUGACGGCCCUCCAAUUCCCGUUCUUUUAGAUGUUUGCUCGUUAUCUCCUGAUGUAAUUCUGCUAUUCGAUUCCUACUUCUAUGUCGUUAUUCACUACGGAUCCAAGAUCGCUCAAUGGAAGAAGCUGGGGUAUGACCGAGACCCAGACCAUGAGAAUUUCCGAAAGUUGUUGGAAGCACCGGAGGUGGAGGUGGAGCAGCUGGUGGCGCAACGGAUCCCAGUUCCGAAACUGGUGAGGUGUGAGCAGCAUGGUAGUCAGGCUAGGUUUCUUUUAGCCAAGUUGAACCCUUCGGCAACCCAUAAGUCGAGUUACGUGGAUGGGUCGGAGGUUAUAAUGACGGAUGAUGUGAGUUUGCAAGCAUUUAUCGAGCAUUUGCAAGAAUUGGCGGUUCAGGGUUGAUUGUAAUGUUGUCGUUGUUGUUGUUGUAUAGAUAGGUUUCUGCCCGUAGAAUCAUCGUACAGGAAGUAUGCGCUAUAUGUUUAUGUUUGAUGCAGUUUUUGUUAUAUCGGAAAACAUAGUCUCGAAUGGUUUAUCGUCGUUUCUUUGGUCAGGUCGGGAUGACCAAAUUCAUGCAUCAACAACUUGUACGUUGAUGUAGAGUAAUUCAUGUAUCAACGACUUAUAAAUUGAUGCCGGGUAAACCUCUGUCAGAAUGAUCAACUUCUUGCAUCAGUGACUUGUACAUCGAUGUCGGGUACGCCUUUGUAGGAAUGACCAAAUUCAUGCAUCAACAGCUUGUACAUUGAUGUCGAGUAAAUUUCUGUCGGAAUGACUGAAAUUCAUGCAUCUGUACAUCGAUGUUGGGUAAACCUGUCAGAAUGACCAAAUUCAUGAAUCGACUUGUACAUUGAUGUCAAGUAAACCUACGCUUCUUGUAAGUUGAUUGCAUAUCGUCAUAAAACAGCAACACAUGUUUUGUUAUCUAUAUCAUUGUUAUAAAGAUCAAUACAUCAUCAAACGCACAUUUUGUAUACUAGAUUAUGGCUGAAAAUUCUUUAGUUCUGAUUUGUUGGUUUUUCUA